AAAUUAACAGAAGGACUAACGGAGUGCAUUUCGUAUAGUUGAGGGAUCAAAAAAGUGCAAAAAAUUGUUGAGGGAUCAAAAAUGUUCAUUUCUUAAAGUUGAGGGACCAAAUUAAGCAUUUAACCAUAAUUUAAUUUCAAUUGUUCAAAUAAAAUUAGAAUUAGUUAAUUUUGAGCCACAGUCUCAAGCGGGACUAACAUUAAACAACCAUGGUCGACGAAACACCCAAAACCACCAAUUCCAAAACCCAAAAGUCAAGCUCAGGCAAAACCGUGAUUACCACACCCGUUGUUAUCAAUACCAGUACCAGUUUAAACAAUAUCAUAGCUUUUAUUGCUGCUCAAUUCCCAGUCAAACUCACCUCUGAUAAUUAUACCAUGUGGAGCCAACAGUUUACCUCAUUGCCCCGAGUUUAUCGACUGACUGAUUUUUUGCAGGGUACCAGGCCAUGUCCUCCAGCAGAUGACAUACCCGACUCACCAUAUGAUUUGUGGGUGAGGCAAGAUCAAUCAAUACUACACGCAAUUAUGACUUCAGUAUCAGAAUCCAUUCACCCAUAUGUAUCUAGUGCUGAGACCUCGCAUGAAGCUUGGGUGAUACUUGAAAGGCUUUAUGCAAAUAGCUGUCGUACGAGAGUUAAUGCAUUGAAAGAAAGGCUCCAGAACCUUUGGUGUGAAGCCCAUGAAGAGUCUCUACAAAGAAAGGAGGCUCUUGUUGGUGAUACCAAGGCACCAAUCACAACACAAUUUGCUUUUGUGCAUCCUCGUACUGUUGGAAAUCCUAGCGGCUAUGGUGGCUUCAAUGCUUGGAACUCAGUAGGUGGCCAUUAUGAUGGAGUCCAAGCACACUUCAAUCGGACUUCUAAGCCCAACGCAACAGCUUCACCUUAUACCAACAGCCAAUUUAAUGGGUAUGCCCCAAAGGGUCGUCGAGGAGCCCGAGGAACUUGUGGAGCCCAAGGAGGAAAAAAUAAUUGGAAUUCCUCCAACAGGUAUAAUAGUUACAAUGCUAAUGCAUGUCAAUUGUGCAAUAGUUUUGGACAUUUUGCCAGAAACUGUCCUGCACUCAAAAAUCAUGCUCAUGUUGCCAACUUUGCAACAACUUCCACUUCAAAGAAGGGUGAUUGGUGGAUAGAUUCUGGAGCCUCUGAUCAUGUUACUCCUGACUUGGCAACCUUAGCACUUCACUCAAAAUAUGAUGGGUCUGAUGAACUACUCAUUGGUGAUGGAUCAGCCGACCCAUCCAUUGUUGUCGGUGCUUCGCCAUCUUCUGGAUUUGGCCCUCAAGCAGCAGUCUCUAGUGCGGCCUCCACAGUUGUUAAUCAAGUAAACUUUCUCAACCCUCCAUCUCUUUCUACCUCAGUCCAUGAUCUUGUCCCUUUCCCUGUUUCCCCGAUAGGUGACUCAUCCUUGACACCAUUAGCUCCUCUUUCACCCUCAUCUAAUUCCACCUCCAGCCCUUCUCUCGAUAUCGAACCUGCAUCCACUAGAACCUUGCCUUCCUCUCCUGUCACACACCCAACACUUAGAAAUUCCUAGGCCAGUGCCAUUUCUCCCCCAUUCCGGCUCAACUACCACCUCGUCUCCAGCACCAAACCCGCCUCCUAUCCCUCCUCGGACUCAUGGCAUGACUACUAGAUCUCAACACAAUAUUUUCAAACCCAAAACCUUAUUCACUGCAACUAAACAUCCCAUUGAUCC